UGCAGCUUCGGAAUAUGUGGAUGGCUCUCUCUUGUUUGAGAUCUUCUUGCUACCGAAAUUGGUUUCACUUGAUUUCUCUAAUAAUUAUGGUUUGCUUCUUCUUGACAACAUAAUGUUUCGAAUGAUUGUGCAUAACUUAACAGAAUUAAGAUUUCUUAUCCUUGAUUCUGUGAAUAUGUCUCUGGUUGUGCCUUCUUCCUUGCAAAACUUGACUUCCUCCUUGGAAUAUUUGAGCCUUAGUGCUUAUAGUUUGCAAAGAAACUUUCCAAGCCAAGUUUUUCAGCUCCCAUCUCUUCGGCUUAUUGAUCUAAGUCACAACCAUUAUUUAAGAGGUAGUUUGCUUGAGUCAAACUGGAGUAGUACCCUCAAGUAUUUGUAUCUCAAAAGCACAAGCUUCUCAAGAGAGUUGUCUCAUUCAAUCAGAAUUUUUACACUCCUGGAGGAAUUGGACCUUUUUUAUUGUCAAUUUUAUGGAUCAAUUCCUAGAUCUCUUGCAAAUAUUACAGAGAUAACUUUCCUAGAUUUUUCUUCUGACCUUUUGCAAGGGCAGAUUCUGGAUGUUAUGGGAAAAAUGCACAAGCUAACUCAUUUGAGCUUUUCCAGUAACAAGUUUAGUGGUAUAAUUCGUGCAUCAGUCUCCAUCCUCACCCAUCUUACUUUUUUGUCACUAUCAUCAAAUAAGCUACUAGGUCGAGUACCAUCUUGGUUGUUUUCUCUGCCUUCUUUAUCCUAUUUAGACCUCCAUGAUAAUAGACUUACCAGACCUAUUGAUCAUAUUGAGAUGCCUAAUAUCAUUUUACAAGAAGUCUAUUUGUCCAAUAAUGAAAUAAGUGGUUCAAUCUCUAGCUUUUUCUUUGAUCUUGUGAAUCUUAGUAUAACCGACCUUUCUUCAACUAAUUUAAGUGGCACUAUUACACCCAACAUGCUUUCGAGGCUUGAAGACCUUAAUGAUCUUGAUCUUUCCAAUAAUCGUUUGCUGUCUUUGGGCAAUAAUGGCACUGUUGUCAACUAUUCCUUUCUGAAACUUUUGUCUUUAAGAUUCUCUUCUUGCAACAUUCACAAGUUCCCAAGUUUCUUAAGGAAGGCAGAGAGUUUGCUAAUGUUGGAUAUUUCCAAGAACAAGAUUUCUGGUCAAAUUCACAAAUGGAGAAUAGAAGGGAUGCCAUUGGAUUACCUAAACCUUUCUUCUAACUUCUUGACUGGCAUAUAUUUACUUGCUCUUGGAUAUCUUCUAAUUGUUGAGCUCAGAUCCAACUUACUACAAGGAUCACUUCCCAUUCUAUCAACAACCUGGUAUUUUAUGUAUCUCAUCAUUUCAGGGAAUAAUAUAGCUGGUGAAAUCCCUUCUUCUUAUUGCAAUUUGACUUCUCUUAGAGUUCUAGUCUUAGCUAAUAAUAGUUUGGGAGGGAAAAUUCCAGAAUGCCUUGGACACUUGAGUGAUCUCUCCAUCUUGGAUCUGGGGAUGAAUAAGUUUCAAGGUAGAAUCCCAAAUUCAUUUGUAAAAAACAGUUCCUUGAGAACUCUCAAGCUAAAUGGCAACAAGUUGGAAGGGAGACUGCCAUCAUCUUUGGUUCAUUGCAGCCAGCUGGAAGUUCUAGAUGUGGGGAACAACCACUUGAAUGACAGCUUUCCACAAUGGUUAGGUUUUCUUCCAAGCCUACGAGUUCUCAUCCUUCGAUCUAAUCUAUUUCAUGGUGUCAUUAGCAAUUCUAUGCCUGCAUCUCACUUCCCUCAGUUGAGAAUCAUUGAUGUCUCGCAAAAUAAUUUCACGGGUCUCCUACCAAGUAAAUAUUUCAAACAUUUGAAAGCUAUGAGAGAUGCAACUGGAGCUGAUAAAGCCAAAUUGGAAUACAUUGGUGAUACUAAUAUUUAUUAUAUGGAUUCUGUGACGGUAAUAAUGAAAGGCUUAGAGGUGACGCUCGUAAGAAUCUUCAAAGCUUUCACAACCAUUGAUUUCUCAAGCAAUAGAUUCCUUGGGCAGAUUCCUGAAGAACUGGGAGAACUUAGUUCACUUGUAUUGCUAAACUUGUCUCACAACAGUCUCACUGGUCAAAUUCCAUCAUCGUGGGGGGGAAUGACAGAACUUGAAUCACUGGAUCUCUCAUCAAACAAGCUUAGAGGCAGGAUUCCAGAGCAAUUGACAAAUCUGACAUUCCUUUCAGUUUUGAAACUUUCAUACAAUGAACUUGCGGGCUACAUACCUGAAGGGAAGCAAUUCAACACUUUCUCAAAUGAUUCCUACAUUGGGAACGAUGGGUUGUGUGGAUUACCAUUGACAAAGAAAUGCCACCCGGAAGAACCAGGAGCACCUCCAUCAAAAUUUGAUAAGGAAGAAGACUCUGCCACGCUCUUUAAUUGGAGGUUUGCAUUGGCGGGCUAUGGGUGUGGACUAGUGUUGGGACUUAGUCAGGGAUACAUCGCCUUCACUACAGGAAAACCUUGAGAAAGUGGCAUCAAUCGAAUAAUCCACACCCCUUUCUCUCGUGUUGUGGGGUAUACUUCAGAGUUCAGUGAUGGUUACAAGGAACACAUUCUCAGUUUUGGGACCAAAAACCCAAGAGGAGAGUCUCAGAAGCUGCAGGCAGUUGGCUUUCUUUCUUCCUGCAAGAAGAUCUGACAAAAAUAAUGUGUGCAUGAACUUAAUUAGUUCCAGUAGAAGCUGCAGGCAGUUGCCCUUUCUUUCUGAGAUUGUCAUGUCUUUUCAUGUGAAUUAUUAUUAUUUCAUCUUCAAUGUUUGUUGAAAAUUUUGGGUUAAAACUUGGUGUUUUUUUAUGAUAUCACUUUUCUGAGUAGCUGGUUUUUGAUGAAAUUAGGAUAGUAGCUGUCAGUUUAAUCUUUCGCCGGUGAUCUGAUGCAUAGACAGGCAAGAAGCUGUAAAUUUUAUUUUUAUUUUUAUCAUUUGUGUGUGUUUUCAUUUUUUUCUUUUGGAUUUUAAACUCUUGUAUAAUGCUGUGAUUAGGAUUGCUGUGUAAUGUAUAUCACAGUCUUAUUCAUAAAUUUUUAUUUGAACUUUGAAUUGUAUGUACUGUAUUAAUAUAUAUUUUUGCUUAUUGAUGGUGUUUUCUACAAGCAUCCUACAAUUAAGAGUCCAUGAAAAGGUGGAACUAAAGAUGACCCAAAGACACAUCCUCAGAGGUGGUUUCUCUUAUCAUGGCUGAAGUAAUUGGAUCAUCAUGUAUCUUCUCGGUUUUUAUUUUUUCCUUCUCCUUUUCAAGAGGACAGUCCAAGACAAAUGAAGAGGAAAGAAAUCCUAAGAAAAUAAAGUUGUCAACACCUAAUGAGAAAGCUGAGUUUGGAAUAGGCCUUUCUGUGUCUGAUAUCUCGGACAAGUAUAAGGAUGAUGCUCUCCAAGAAUCAGAGAAAUUGCUGCAUUUGAUUUUUUUUAUGGUUGUCUAGCUAAAACAUCUGAUAAAAGUUAAUCUUUACCAAUGAAUACAAUACGGAUGGCUAGAAGAAUAAGAGACAGAUAGCUGUGGACUCAAAAAUUGGACAUCUCAACAAUUUCAUCAAGUGAAGGUUGCAAUCCAGAUCCAUUAUGUUGGUGAUGCUGUGGGGAGACCAAAUGAUCAGUGAUGCCGAUAUAAAAUUUGCAGAGGUAGAGACCACCAUAAGAUACAUACAAGAUGAGGAACUACACCAAUACAGAGAUGAGCUCUCUUAUUGUAAUUUUAUGGCUUCUCUUCUGCGGUCUGAAUUUCAAAAUGCGGACAUAUAUAUAUAGACAAAAGGUCCAAUAAUUUACCCAAACCUUGAGAUACAAAACUAUGAAUCAGGUAUUUACAUAUAUAGGGAGGAUGGUCCAACACUUACCAGGAAACCUACUUUUCAUGUAGAAAUUGUGAGCUAAGUUUGGGAGUGCUUGUUUUCACUUUUUAGAAACAAUUGUUAAUUAUCAAUUUUAAUCAAAUGAAUUAGAAAAU